AUGAAGUUCACAACCCCCCUCCUCACCACCCUCCUCACCAUAACAUCCCUCAUCACCGACGCCUCCGCCCACAAAGACAAGAAGAAAAUCCAAGCCGAACUCGACCGCGACAUGACCGCCCACACCCUGGAAGCCAAAGCCCAAGCCCGUAAGAAAAUCGAUAAGAACUUCAAACACGACAUGAGCAAUGCACAAGAAAAGCACAAGCACAUGUGCCGCAUUGGAGCGAAGAUCUACUACGCUGGUGUGAGACUCAUGGGGAGGGAUCUCGAUGUUGAAGCGGAGCAUACUACGAUGAACGGGACUGAAAUUGCCAACGCUACCACCGACGAUACUGCUACCAUCGCUGCCGUCGCCACCGACUCGGAUACUGAGACUAGUACUGAGGAGAGGGCCCAGAAGGUCUUUGCGGCUCGGAUUGCGGAGCUGCUCGCGCAUCCAGAGGUGCUGAUGGAGAUGACGGAGAGGGAUUUAGAGAACGUGGAGACGCAGUUGAUGAGGGGAUUGGGGACAUCGAAAAGGGAUUCGGUGCAAGAGGAGAUCGUCGCUAUUGGUCUCUAG